AUGACGAGUAGAGAGUGUGCUGACCAUAUCAUUAGGAGAUGUGUUCGGGAGGAUGAAGCCAUUGAUAUUCUCCAUGCUUGUCACACUUUACCGGUUGGGGGUUAUCAUGGUUGUGUACGUACAACUGCUAAAGUUCUUCAAAGUGGUUACUACUGGCUGUCCCUCUACAAAGAUGCUCAUCAAUUUGUUAAGAAGGGCACUCAAUGUCAGACACAAGGUGGAGUGUCUAAAACACAAGAGUUGCCUUUCACGUCCAUUUUACAAGUCGAGCUAUUUGAUGUCUGGGAAAUAGAUUUCAUGGGCCCAUUUGUGAAUUCGUUUGGUAAUAAGUACAUUUUGGUGGUAAUAGAUUAUGUUUCUAAAUGGGUGGAGGCUGUUGCACUACCGAACAAUGAAGGGAGAAAUGUUGUUCAAUUCCUAAAAUGA